AGAGAAUGUUGAGUUCAAUCAAUUCAGAACGUCGAGAUGGAGCCCAACUCACUCAAGUGGGUCGGCUCAGCCUGUGGUUUACACGGACCUUAUAUUUUCUACAAGGCUUUUCAGUUCUACCUUGAAGACAGACCAAGGAUUUUGUCCCUUGGCGACUUUUUCUUUGUCAGAUGUAAACCAGAGGAUUCGAUUUGCAUAGCGGAGCUCCAGCUGUUGUGGGAAGAGAGGACUAGCAAGCAACUUUUAUCCAGCUCCAAACUUUAUUUCCUUCCAGAGGAUACUCCCCUGGGCAGAAAUAGCGACCAUGGAGAGGAUGAAGUAAUCGCCGUGUCAGAGAAGGUGAUUGUUAAACUUGAAGAUUUAGUUAAGUGGGCCCAAUCAGACUUUUCUAAAUGGAAAUGUGGGCUUCCAGCUCUACCGCUGAAACUCCAAGAGCUUGGAAAGAACGGCCAAAGGGAGUCAUUGCUCAAAAGUCGCCAAUCUACUCUCAACAGUGGACUCAAUUUCAAAGAUGUCUUCAAAGAAAAGGCAGAGCUAGGGGAUGACGAAGACGAGAGAAAUGUGAUGGUUUUAAGCUACCCACAAUAUUGUCGAUAUCGUUCUAUUCUUAAACGCAUUCAAGCCAAACCUUCUUCAGUAUUGGCAGACCAAUUUGUUCAAGCACUUGGCGGUAUCGCUAUAAUAAACAAGAACACAAAAAUUCUCUACUGUCGGGAAACAUUUGAUCACCCAACAUUAAUUGAAAAUGAAAGUAUAUGUGAUGAAUUUGCUCCAAAUCUUAAAGGAAGACCACGUAAAAAGAAACUGUGUCUACAGAGAAGAGAUUCUGUAAAUGGAGUGAAAGAUCCAUCUAAUAUUUGUGAUGGCAAAGCUGUUGCCAAGGUAAAAUGUGAAGUGAAGACAACUUUACCAAAAUCAAAGACAAUUAACAGCAUCUGCAAGAAAACAUCAACUGAAGAAAAAACAAAGAGCGGGGCAGGAGAUAUUUGCAAAGCAGAUGAAAGCAAAGCAGAGGAGCAAGUCUUUUUAGUAGCACUAUAUAAAUAUAUGAAACAACGGAGAACACCCAUAGAGAGGAUACCAUAUUUAGGAUUUAAGCAGAUUAACCUUUGGACUAUGUUUCAAGCUGCUCAAAAACUGGGAGGAUACGAAACGAUUACUGCCAGAAGACAAUGGAAACAUAUUUAUGAUGAAUUAGGAGGAAACCCUGGAAGUACCAGUGCAGCUACUUGUACUAGAAGGCAUUAUGAGAGAUUAAUCCUGCCAUAUGAAAGGUUUAUUAAAGGAGAAGAAGAUAAACCGCUACCUGCUGUGAAACCACGGAAACCAGACGCCCUGGAGGCGGAGACUAAAACAAAAGUUUGUGGAGGAACAAAACGCAUUAAAAAUGAAACUCAAAAGGCAAAGAAAGAAAAAGAUGUUACAGCAGAUUCUCAAGACCCAACUGAGAUUCCACUUAAUGAUGACAGUAAUUUGGAAGAAGAUGGAAUACAUAUAUCAAAUGUGUGUGAGUCAGAGGAGACAAAAACAUCUGUAGAUUAUUGUGAAUCGACAAUAUCAGAAAUAAAACAACCUUCGUCUGUGGAAAAAGAGGAGUUGGAUGAGACAAUCUCUAAUGAUGACCAUGUGAAGGAAGACGAGCAUCUGCUUAAGGAUCCUAUUCCCAAUGACUCACCGACUCAUGUUAAAGAGAUUGAUUCCAGCCAAGCAGACGAACAACCACAAAUGUCUAAUGAAACUGCACAAAUUACAAAACAAGAGCAAAACAAACAAGAUUUUACAGACCCAUUAGAAAAUGAAACGCACGAUGAACAGUUUAAUAUGUUUCCCACAAUUCAGGUGCAGUUGCAGGAUGAACUCAACAUUGAGGAUGAAAAACUUCCAGAUAUGCCAGAUUAUAUUGCAAACUGUACUGUAAAAGUUAAUCCUUUGGGAUCUGAAGGCCUAAAAAAUCCAUUGGACAGCAAACUAUUACAAAACGCUUUAAAACAGAAUCCCAAAGUUUAUCUUGUACAAACUCUUGACAUGCUUAAAGAGAAAGAUACUGCUAUUUCCAUGAAUGAUGACUCCUCGUUCACCUAUACUCCACUUCUGUAUUCAAGAGGGAAUCCAGGAAUUAUGUCCCCGUUGGCCAAAAAGAAGCUUUUAUCACAGGUUAGUGGGGCUACACUACCUGGAAGUUACCCCUAUGGCUCCCCACCACCCCUAAUAAGCAAAAAGAAAUUAAGUUCCAAAACUGAAACAACAUCAUCAUCGUUACAGACUCACCAAUUAUCUAACUCUGAAUCUGUUCCAAUAAACCGACCAUCUGUGAUACAACAUGUACAAAGUUUUAAACAAAAAAGCACAGAGGAAAAAAAGCCAACAAAUGACUCAUAUAAAAACAAUAUAUCAAACAAAACAGAUUCUUACCGUUGUGAAUUCUCAAAGCAUAAUCAGAGUUUACUUGCUGAAUCUUAUUCUUUAAAAGCUAGCAUGCAUGAAAUGAAAGAUAAAAAUGAAAAAAGAGUACAGCAACAUUCAAAUAUGCCUAGUUUUUUUGCUGAUUUUUAUUCAUCACCUCAUUUGCACAGGUUGUAUAGGCAAACAGAACACCAUCUUCACAAUGAACAUUCAGCAAAAUACCAUCCUCGGGAAACAAUCAGAGAUUCAGAGAAUGUGUCUUCUUUAACACUGCACAAACAUCAAGAAAAACUUCAUUACCAACAUUCUUUGCACCAACAUGAAAAACAGAAUUCAUGUGAAAACACAGAUGAUCAGCCAACUGAUUUGAGCCUUCCCAAAUCUAUGCACAAACAUAAUACAAAAAUGGCAGCAUCCAAUGUUUCCCAUCAAAUGGUACCACAGGAAAGCAAAACCCACCAUCUUUUUCAAGUUCAAAAUAACAAAGGUGUGGGAAUAGACUGUAAUCCCAAAGCAUGUAGAGUUUUACCCAUGUCCAUGUCUGCUUCUAAAAGAAAUGCAGAAUCCAUCCACAGACCUAAGUCGCAUAACGCAAGACUUGAUCAUUUAAGAAAGAUGGAAGGUUUGGUUCAUCCAAUCACAGUUGGCAAAUCCGGCACACAGAACUUUGGGACAUCAAGAUCAUUGAAAAGAAACUUAGAUGAUAUGGACAAUCCUAUUAGUGAAAAGAAAAUUAGAGCUGUAUCUCCUCUGAAUUUACCAAAGGAGAUAUCUGUGAAAGAGACAUAUACUGCUCAAGAUGGAGAAAGCAGCAAAUCGGUGCAUGAUAUUCAUUCUAGUAGCAUGAUGGACAGUCACAAGUACCCACUUUCAUCACAUAUCUUUCCUGGAAUAUAUCCUGGAGGGUUAUGUGGUGGGCUUAACUCUCGCAUACCAACUACCUAUUCUCACCCUCUACAGUACUUGAAAAACCAGACUGUGCUUUCACCUCUAAUGCAACCUUUGACCCUCCAUUCCUUUAUGAUGCAGAGACAAUAUCUAACUAACUCCACUAACUCACAACAGUUGUACAGACAUUUGGCUUCUGCAACACCUGUAGGAUCUUCAUAUGGAGAUUUACUACACAACAGCAUUUAUCCCUUAACACCUAUCAACCCUCAAUCUGCUUUCCCCUCUACUCAACUGUCAUCUGUACACCCUAGCACAAAACUUUAAAUUUCUCUAAAUUGAAAAGCAAAUGUUAAUAUUUUAGCUACAUUCCUUGCUCAGUAAAAUAUUCUGCAUAACAAACAAUGUUUGUCUACUGUGUGGGUCACGUUAUAACUUAAGCCUUCAAAUCUUAUGUAACAAAACUAAGAAUGGGCUAUGUCAAUACCAUUUUUUUGGCUUGAAAAAUACUUUCAUGAACAUUGUAAAUGUAAUAUAAUAUUUCCAAUUUGCACAACAUUUAUGUGAUUUUUAACAUCUUGGUUUAAUCCAGAUUACUUAAUGUGUUAUAUACAUUUUGUGAAAGUAAUACAGUUGAAGCUGGAAUGGGUAGAAGCAUUGGUGACGCAUAUGUACAACUUGGACAAAUUGCUUUUUGUUUUUCUGUGACUGUUAAAGGUUCAAUCAAUGCAAUGUAUAGUAACGAGUCAAUCAAUUUGUUAUGGAUUUUUAACACUAUAAAGGCGUAAAGGUAAACACUGUUCAAAUGACUGUACAUAUCUGCUCUUAAAAAUACCAGUGGCGCUGUCUUUUCAUCUAAUUUAUAUGGAUUAAUCUUUCAGUUGAUUCUGUGCUUUUUUAUUAUUAUUUUUUUUAUUAUUAAACAGUAUCGUGUUUAACUGCAAAGUCA